AUGGUUAAAUUGAAGCUUGACCUUGACAAUGAUGGUAACGACGAAUUAACAAUUAAUUCAGCGUACGCAGACCGGUACGAUAACUGGAGAAGGCUUGAAGAGAUUCAGAAGUUAAAGAGUCGAGUGAGAGAUGACGAAGACGAGGAAAGUAGUGAGUCCAGUGAGGAAGAAGCGGAGUGGACAGCAGACCACGAAAAAGAUUUUUUACUAACUUUAACUGCCUUAAAAACAAAAGACCCCAAAAUAUAUUCGCAGGAACAGAUUUUCAAAGCAGAACCUGGGCCGGUUAAACCAAAAUCUGAGUCGAAGAAGAAGAAAUCUGAAGAAAAGCUCUAUUUGAAGGAUUAUGAGAGAAAAUUGGUCUUAGAAAGAGGAGGGAUUAUUGAUGAAGAGGAUAAUGAAGAAUUGAGGAGUUCAGAGAACACUCUAGGCUACUAUCAAAAGCAAGCGCAAUUGAAGAAUGAGCUUAAACACGCUUGGAAUGCUGGGACAGAGGUUGAUUUCGAUGUGUUGCUGAAGAAGAAGGAAAAGUCGGAAGUUGAAUUGAAGAAAGAAGAAGAUGAUUACUACGAAUGGCUGAAAGACCAAUCAAGUAAAAGUAAUAAGAAAUUCGAGAGAUUGGCCUCUAUACUAUUUUUUAAGAAAGGACUAAAAGAAAUUUGGUCUAAUGAUAGGGACCUGGACAGUGAAGAAAAAUUUCUUCGUGACUUUCUGUUAGAAAAGAAGUACGAGGUCGAUGAAUUGGGCAGAAUUCCUUCCUUAGAAGGCGAUGCAUCAGUGAGUGCCGACGAAGAUGAAGUGGAAAGAGAAGAGGAGUUCGAACAGAAGUACAAUUUUCGUUUCGAAGAGCCGGAUAAGGAUUUUAUCAAGCAAUACCCACGAUCUGUGAAAGAGUCACUGAGAAAGACGGGAGAAAAAAGGAAAGAGAAGAGAACCGCUUAUAAGGAAAGGAAAGAUGCUGAGAAGCGAGCUAGAAAAGAUGAAAUACGUGAGUUAAAGGCACUGAAAAGAAAAGAGAUUGAAGCUAAACUGCAAAAGUUGAAGCAACUCGCUGGAGAUGAUAUCGAAAUUAACUUUAAUGACAUUGAGGAUGAUUUUGAUCCGGCAGUUUAUGACAAAAGAAUGGAAGCUAUUUUUAAUAAGGAGUAUUAUGAUAAAGGCGAUGAGGACGAAGAAAAACCUUGUUUUUCUGAAAUGUCUGAUAUGUCGGAAGAAGAAGGGUCUAACAGUGACCAGGCGGUUCGUUCACCUGCAGCCGAUGAAAAGUCGAGUUUGUUAGAGACAAAUUUCCAAGAAAACCCUUUCAGAGAAAAAUCAAUGACUGCGAGAAAAAAGAAACGGAAUUCUCGAUUUUGGAACGUUGUUGCAAAAAAGAAGCCUCUUUUUGAUCCAGCUGAAGGACGAAGUAUUAUUGAAACAAAUAUUCUAGGGACGAAGUCUUUUGAGGAGUAUUUUAAUGAGUAUUAUGCUCUAGACUACGAAGACAUAAUUGGUGACACUAUAACGAAAUUUAAGUAUCGAAAAGUUCCUGCAAAUGAUUUCGGUCUUACGGCAGAAGAGAUACUUCAUGCUGAUGAUCGACAGUUAAAUGCUUGGGCCUCACUGAAGAAGGUAACAGCUUAUCGAACAGACAGGGAAGAGCAGUACGAUGCAGUUGCUUAUCAGAGAAAAGCACAGGAUGUAAACAAGAAAAAGCGGAUUUUUAGCACUGAUUACGGGGGUAAAUCGCAGAAGAAAAGCUCAAAACAACUCAAAGCGAACGGUUCGUCAACGCAUGGAGCAUCAGCAAUUCAAAAUAGUGAUAUAAUGCAAAAGAAACAAAAGGUGAUUUUGCAUGAGCAGGAUAGUGAAAAAAUUGAAAAAAUAGUGGGAGAGAGGGUCGAGCAGGCCGAUAACAAAACGGGGAAAAGGACGCGCAGGAAACGGAAAUCAAAAACGUCUCAAGUAAAGAAACGUGCCAGAGAACUGGAACUUGGCGAUGAAAGGCUGCGGGCUUAUGGCGUCAAUCCGAAGAAAUUUAAGAAGAAGUUAAAAUAUUUGAAAAAAACAAAUGCGGAUAUUAAGGGAUAG